AUGAGCGGGGAGAGGGAGUGGUACGCCGGCGUGGUCACGAGCUACUCCUCGCGGCGUGGGCACUGCGUCGCGUACGAGAACGGCGAGUUUCGGAACGAGGACUUGGACGACUGGGACGCGAGCGAUUUUGAGCGGCUGAAGGACGACGACGCGCCCAAGACGGAGGUGCGCCUAGGCGGUGGAUGGGCUGUGCUGUGGGUCCCACGCGCGAACAAGAGCAAAACGCCCGGCGACUGGUACGCCUACCGGCGCGACGAUCCCAACCGCCUUUACCGCUCUCAGCGCGAGCUGUUGAGAGCGCUGCCCGUCGGUCGCGGCUGCAUAGACUCUAAUGACCGAGGCGCCAACGGCGACAGCGCCAGCGAGAUCUCCGACGUCGACUCUGGCAACGUUGACCAGCGCAACAUCGUGACGGGCAGGCGCCACCGCGCUGCAGCCAACUAG